GUUGACCCAACCGGUGAAAUUCUUGAAUUGACGCAACUUGUACCGUGGAAGGAGCAUCUUUUCGAAUUAGAAAAGGAGUUGGGGUUAGAUCCCUUAAUAAAAUACGUAAUCUUUAAAGACAAUUCUUAUAGAGUGCAGGCAGUUCCAGUGUGCGAAGGUAGCUUCAUUACUAGACUUUUUCUACCGAGUGCAUGGGCUGGAUUACGCGACGAGGAAUUGUCAAGUGUUUCCGGUAUAGACAACUGCGUUUUUGUGCAUAGUGUUCGAUUUAUAGGCGGAAAUAAAACCAGACAAGGUGCUCUGGAAAUGGCGCGUAAGUCCUUGGAAAUUGGAAAAGCCGAAUCAUUAAGAUGACUUCUGUAUAAAGAUAAUUAGCUCAAGUAUCUUUCUUGUAAUCAUUAAUCAUAUUCGUUAUAUAUGAAAUCCACAACUUAAUCUGUUAUGAAAAUAAAUUUAGCUGUAUGAACUGACAAGAAAAUUUUUAAUUACCAUCUACGACUAAGUUUCCACAGCAAUUAGAAACAUUGGCUGCAACUUUAACCUAUUUUAUUUGCGAAUUAAUUAUACGAUGUAUGUCAAUUUAUAUGAACUUGUACUUAAUGCAAGAUUUGACCACUAAUAUCUACUUUAUCCAUUGUACUCAUCCAUCAUACUCAUACUCAUCCAUUGUUUCUGCAUAUGAUCAACGAAUGUCACAACAAAUUAUUGAAAAGGGUUUCUAUGCCAAAAACGCUCAGAUUAUAGAGAUUAAGUUUGUACUCUGAGAACAUCACACUUAUUAUUUAGUAUAUGACGUGUCGUUCUCUGAGUUAAUAUAGUUCAAUGCAACUUUCCUUUAUAUCUGUUUAAUAUGUGUCGGUAAAUUAUCGAAUGUUAACAAAAAAUGUAUGUUACCUUCGUUUAUAUUAAUCAUCAAACGCUCCGAAUGAUUAGAAUUAGACAUUAGACUGAUUUUUGAAUUCUAUUCCGAUUAGAAGAUACAUAUAAUAUAACACCAAAGUAUUAAAAUUAUACGCUUCGAUCAUUUAGAAGUAGGUAUGCAAGACUGUCUCAAGUUACGCUUUGUAAAUCCAGCGAUAUGACAGAAUGUAAAUAAACUAAAUAACCAACCUGUUCCUA